AAUUACGUUGAAAUAAAUUAACAUUUUUAAAUCAUGGCUUCAACAUUAGCAGAUUCACCAAAUGCUAAAUUAAAUAAAACAUUAUUAGCGAAAUAUAUGGAUUUACCAAUUCCAGAUGGAAAGAUUCAAGCUAUGUAUAUAUGGAUUGAUGGAACUGGUGAAGGAAUUCGUGCCAAAACAAGAACUUUAACUAAUGUACCAUCAUCACCAAAAGAUUUACCUAGAUGGAAUUAUGAUGGAAGCUCCACUUAUCAAGCAAAUGGUGAAAAUUCUGAUACAUAUCUCCAACCAGUAGCCAUUUAUAAGGAUCCAUUCCGUCGUGGAAACAACAUUUUAGUAUUAUGUGAUACCUACAAGUUUAAUUUGGAACCAACUGAAACAAACCAUCGCAUAUCAUGUUUAGCUGCGAUGAAAGCGGCUGCAGAUCAAAAACCAUGGUUUGGUAUUGAACAAGAAUAUACAUUACUCGAUCAUGAUGGCAGACCUUUAGGAUGGCCUAAAAAUGGUUUCCCAGGUGCACAAGGUCCAUACUAUUGUGGUGUUGGAGCUGAUCGAGUUGUUGCUCGUGAUAUUGUCGAAGCACAUUAUCGUGCAUGUUUAUACGCAGGCGUAAAUAUUGCUGGUUCAAAUGCUGAAGUGAUGCCAGCCCAAUGGGAAUUCCAAGUUGGGCCAUGCGAGGGUAUUAAAAUGGGUGAUGAUUUAUGGAUGGCACGAUUUUUAUUACAUCGUAUUGCUGAAGAGUUUGGUGUUAUCGCUACGUUAGAUCCAAAACCAAUGCCUGGUGAUUGGAACGGUGCCGGAGCCCAUUGUAACUUCUCAACGUUAGCAAUGCGUGAAGCAAAUGGUAUUGUGGACAUUAAUCAAGCUAUCGAGAAGUUGAGUAAAUGUCAUGAGAAGCAUAUUCGAGCGUAUGAUCCUAAACAAGGAUUAGACAAUGCUCGCCGAUUAACUGGCAGACAUGAGACUUCAUCUAUCCACGAUUUUAGUGCUGGUGUUGCAAAUCGUGGAUGCAGUAUUCGUAUUCCACGUGAAGUUGCCGAUGAAAAGAAAGGCUACUUAGAAGAUCGUCGACCAUCAUCUAACUGUGAUCCAUAUUCUGUAACUGAAGCUAUUGUACGUACUGUCUGUCUCAACGAAUAGAUGCCUUUUAUUAAAUCAUUAUUCUUAUUACUGUUCGAAUAUUCUCGAACAUUGAAGACAGGAAAAAAAUCGCAAUUUAUUUAGAAUAUUCUUAAUAUUUAUAUUUAAAAAAAUAAAUUAAUCACAUUUUUAAAAAAGAAGGAUAUUUUGUUGACUAAUAUUAUAAUUCAUUUUAUAUUAAAAUGAACAGAUAUCUAUAUUACCGAUUAAACAUAGAUUUGUUUAUUUUUUCCAAAUAAAGUUUUCCGAUUUGUUCUUAUGGAUGUAAAUAACAUUAAAAGAAAAAUGGAAAUAUUUUGGAAAUUAAACACGAAAAAAAAUCCUUUUAUCUAUGUGUUAAUAGGCUUGCCAUCUUUACAUAUCCAUGCCACAAAAUGGUUGUGAUCCUUGCUAAAAUAAAAUGGAUCAUAAAAUUUCUCGAUAUUUUUCAUUGAGAAUAAUGAAAAUUUUUAAGACAAAUUGACUCAAAUAUUAACGCAUGUUUAAUUUAAGUAAAUUUAUUUUUAUUCUUCUCAAUGUGAUUUUUUGUUAUUG